AAAAGAAUGCUAAGGGAAAAUCAUAUAGUUUUAAAAAAGGAUAUUAGGAGGACCUAGAAAUAGAGAAAUAUACCAUGUUUUUGUACAGGAAAACUUUGUAUCAGAAAAAUAUCAUUUCUCCCUAGUUAACAUAUAGACCAAUGAAAUUCAAAUUGUAUCGCAGUCAGGCUUACCAGGGAACUUAAUAGAUGGUUUUAAAUUUUAUAUGGAAAGAAUUUUAUAUGGAAAGGUAAAGAGCCAAAAGUAGUUAGGACAUUUCCAAAUAAUAUCAGAGAGGGAGGAUUUUUUUUUCUGUCAGAUAUCAGGACUUAUUAUGAAGUUACAGUCGAAUUAACCAAUGGGAUGUAGCACUUGUGUUAUUCUAUUUGGGCUGCUCUAACGAAAUAUCAUAAGCUGGAUAGCUUACAAACAAUAGAAAUUUAUUUUUUACAGUUCUGGAGGCUGGCAAGUCCAAGAUCAAGGCACUGGCAGAUUUAAUGUGUGUUGGGGGCCUGCUUUCUGGUUCAUAGAUGGCGCCUUCUGGCUUCUCCUCACGUGGUGGAAAGGCAGGGCAGCUCUCUGGGAUUAUGUCUUGUAAGGGCACUAAGCCCAUUAAUGAAAGCUGUGCCCCUAUGAUUUAAUCAACUCUCAAAGGCCCUGCUUCGUGAUACCAUCACCUUGGGGGUUAGGAUUUUGGGGGAACUUAGACAUUCAGAUCAUGGCAUGGAGGAAAUUGACCAAUGGGAUAUGUUGAAGUGAGAAGAGCCACCUAUGUUAUCCCACAGCUCCACCGUGUCUCUUUUGGAUUGAUACAUUCCAUAGAGUGAGUGAGUCAGGAUCUCAUUUUUUAUUUUGAAAUAAUUUCCGACUUAGGAAAAUGUUGCAAGAAUAGCAUAGACAAUUCUCAUAUUCUUUUACCUGGAUUUCCCCAGUGUUAACAUUUUAUGACAUUUGUUUUCUCAUCCUGUGUUAAUAUUAUUGCCUUUUUUUUUUUUUUUCUGAAGUGUUAGUGAGUUGAAGUAUUUACCCUUAACUAUUUUAGAGUAUAUAUCCUAAAAUCCAAAAUGUUCUGUUACAUAACUACAGUGCAGUGGUCAUAGUCAGGAAAUUAACUGAUAAAUCUAUAGACUAUGUUCAUAUUUCACCACUUCUCCCAAAAUGUCCCAUAUUUCCCCUCAACCCUUUUUGGCCACUAUGUAAUCUGGGAUCCUGUGUUGCAUUUUGUUAUCCUGACUCGACCGUCCUCUAACCUGUAACAUUUCCUCAGUCUGUCUUUGUCUUCUAUGACUUUGGCAUUUUAAAGAGUUCAGCUCAGUUAUAUAUAUCAGAGUAUGUGAUCAAAUAUUUUUACUAAUGUAAUGUGUGAUGAAAAAUGAGGAAAGAAACAAGAAAAAGCUAUUGAUUGCUUAGCAGAAGCUAAGCAUUGACGGUAGUGAACCAGUGUGUUCAAAGAGAUUGCUAUGUGGUUUUCAUUUUCAAAACCAGUGAUAAUACCAGUGAGAUAAGGAAGAUGAUGAUUGAAAUUUAUGAGACAUGAAUUUAGAUAUGCCUCUCUUCCUUGACCAGGUAUGGAGGAAAUAGUUGUCCUGCAUACCUCCUUCCUUGCAGAAGGAGAGACUGGGAGAGAGGAAAGCUAGUGGAAAGUUACCUGUCAAAACAGUACCUUCCGAAGGUCUUCUCCAGAAGAGAGGAAGUAAUUUCUCAAGAGCUGGAAACGUGAUUGGAAAACAAAGGCAGCAGAUACUUAACACUUACUACGUGUCCCAAACUGCCCUAGGAAAUGGGAUGAGGCACAGAAAGAAUUGGGGAAACUUGAAUUGAGGAGUUAGAUUUUCGCCUUUAUUUGUUUAAAUUUACAUCUUCAGAGGGAUUCAUUCAGGAUCACAGUUUUGGCUUGAGGUUUAAAACUUGGUCUUUGACCCAUCUGAACUCUUACUUCGAUUUAGGUUGUGAGUACAAACAUGUUCUUUAAAGAUGAUAGGGAAUUAGGAGAGUGGUCCUUUUUUGUCCUCCCUUUCCAAGUAUUUCACUGUCGUGGCUUGGAGCACUGAUUUCUGAACCUAACACCCAUAUGGAGCAUACAUUAUGGGUGAUAUAUAUGUAUAUGUUGUAGCACGUUGUGUCUGAAGAGCUGAAAACUUCACCUUGAAUUUUAAAACUAGACAUUUGUACAGAGGGCACUUGCUGGAGAGAAAGCAGAAGGCUGAGUUUUGGAUCAGUUUUCUUGUAACCUUGGUUGAUUCACUGUGCUCAGUUGUCCAGCUGAAAAAUGGGAAAAUAACAAAUAAGCCUUUAACUGUCUGAAGGUGAAGGAACUGCCUCUGACUUACUCUGGGAUCUAAUAUUUUAUGGUAUGUUAAAAAUGUAAAAAUAAUUCAUGGGAAGGAAAGAAAAAUAGGAGAGGAAAAUUGGCAGUACAGGAAGAGGAACAAAUUGCUGGUGGAGAAUCAGUUUAAUAAACAUAGCAUUUAGGCACGUUCACCUGAAUAUCAUUUUUCUCAUUUAGUUAACUCUGUAGGUUUACUUUGAGAAGGGCUGCUAUGGGAUAAAUAGAACUUAUAAUGAAGGUAUUAAAUAUUAAUUCAUCAUUUGUUAAAACUUGGCUGUUAAAAAUCAUAUGGAAGGAUUAGUGAUUAUACUUGUUUUGAAAUUUUCUGGUCCAUGCCGCUUGAUGUUGAGACCAUUGAAUUUACAGACUCUUAUGGGAAUUUCUAGUAUGCAUGUGAAUUUAGACUUCUAUUCAUGGACUGGGAUGUCAGAGGUGUAUAUGUGAGGAGGAGGAUAAGGAAUUUAUAGGAUAUUUUUGAGGCACCAUAUCUUUUAUGCAAAUCUGGGAGCUUAGAGUUAGCAAGAUAGAUUUUAUUUUUAUCCACAUUUUAUUUUCUGUUUCAAAUAUAAGGUUUUUGAGAAAUUGGAAAAAAGUAUUAAGGCUUUCGACAGUGCAGGGUAUUUUGGUUGACUACUUAAAAACUUGCACAUAGCAUCUGUGAUGCACUGUGUGAGAAUUUAUAGCAGAGCACUUUAUUUUUUCUGUCAUGGCUUUUGUGAGAAAAUGUUUUCACUUUGCUUAGUGAUUUACGGAAGAUUACCCACAUUUUGUUUUGUUUUGUUUUGUUUAUAACUAGUUAAGGCUGUGCAUAGUAAUACAUUUUGGACUUUGAGGAUGGGGCUUUCACAUGUGCUGAAAUCACUUUGAAUCCAUCAUUUCAAGAAGAUACAGCCUAUCCUUUCGUUGUUUCUUAUUAACUGCUUCAGAGCCUUCGUGGAUAGCUAGGCAAAGCAUUCAUUUCUCUGAAGUUCAACUGUGUUCGUGCUUGAGCUUUCUGAAAGCAGAAAUGAGCUUCUGGUGAUGAAACCUGUUGGAUUUCUAGAGGAAGCAGCUGGAGUCUUUGGCUUGUUAACUAGCAAUGAUUCAAGUCUUGCAGAUUGUAAAGGAGCUGGUGACACCAUCAAGGCAAAAAGCAGCCACAGUGAAGGAAGAUUCAGACCAGGAUGUAGCACUCAAACUUGCCCAGGAGCGAGCUGAAAUAGUUGCUAAAUAUGACAGAGGACGAGAAGGUGCAGAGAUUGAACCUUGGGAAGAUGCUGAUUACCUUGUUUACAAAGUCACAGAUAGAUUUGGCUUUUUACAUGAGGAGGAACUCCCAGAUCAUAAUGCAGCUGUGGAACGGCAAAAGCACCUGGAGAUUGAAAGAACUACCAAAUGGCUGAAAAUGCUGAAAGGAUGGGAAAAAUACAAGAACACUGAAAAGUUUCAUAGGCGAAUUUACAAAGGAAUACCACUCCAGCUCAGAGGUGAAGUCUGGGCCCUCCUUCUUGAGAUCCCUAAAAUGAAAGAAGAAACAAGGGACCUGUAUAGUAAAUUAAAACACAGAGCACGGGGCUGUUCACCUGACAUCAGACAAAUAGACCUGGAUGUCAACCGCACGUUUCGGGACCACAUUAUGUUUAGAGACAGAUACGGUGUUAAGCAACAAUCCUUAUUCCAUGUUCUUGCUGCCUAUUCUAUUUAUAAUACGGAAGUCGGGUAUUGUCAGGGGAUGAGCCAGAUCACAGCUUUACUCCUCAUGUAUAUGAACGAGGAAGAUGCCUUCUGGGCCCUGGUCAAACUCUUCUCAGGCCCUAAACAUGCCAUGCAUGGCUUUUUUGUCCAAGGUUUUCCUAAACUCUUGAGGUUUCAAGAACAUCAUGAAAAAAUACUGAACAAAUUUCUGUCCAAGCUUAAGCAACACUUGGAUUCUCAAGAAAUCUACACAAGUUUUUACACAAUGAAAUGGUUUUUUCAGUGUUUCCUUGAUCGUACUCCCUUUACACUAAACCUCAGAAUAUGGGAUAUCUACAUCUUUGAAGGAGAACGAGUUCUUACUGCUAUGUCUUACACAAUCUUAAAAUUACACAAAAAACAUCUAAUGAAAUUGUCCAUGGAAGAACUUGUAGAAUUUUUUCAGGAGACCCUGGCAAAGGAUUUUUUCUUUGAAGAUGAUUUUGUGAUAGAGCAACUUCAGAUUUCUAUGGCAGAACUAAAGCGGGCAAAGUUAGACCUUCCAGAACCUGGUAAAGAGGAUGAAUAUCCAAAGAAGCCCUUGGGACAGCUUCCGCCUGAACUUCAGUCUGGGGGUGUCCAUCACCUGAGCAACGGACAGAGGAGCGUGGGCCGGCCGAGCCCGCAGGUCAGUGGCAGGAGGGAGAGCGCGGCGCCCCACAGGAGGCACGAGCACUCGCUGCACCCCCAGAGCAGGACCGGGACGCCCGAGAGAGCACAGCCGCCAAGACGGAAAUCGGUGGAGGAGGAGAGCAAAAAGCUUAAAGAUGAGGUAGAUUUUCAAAGAAAACUCCCAUCGGGUCCACAGGACAGUUCCAGGCAAUAUAAUCACGCAGCUGCCAACCAAAAUAGCAACGCCACUUCAAAUAUCAGGAAGGAAUUUGUGCCCAAAUGGAAUAAACCAUCAGACGUCUCAGCUACGGAGAGAACUGCCAAGUACACCAUGGAAAGCAAAGGUCGAGCAGCGCACCCCACGCUCGCAGUCACUGCCCCAGGUCCUGCCGAGGUGCGGGUGGCAAACGCGCGGCCAAAGAUGAAGGCCCUGGAUGCUGAGGACGGGAAGCGGGGCUCCACUGCAUCGCAGUACGACAACGUGCCGGGCCCGGAGCUGGACAGCGGUGCUUCCGUGGAGGAGGCACUGGAAAGGGCUUACUCCCAGAGCCCACGGCAUGCCCUUUACCCUCCCAGCCCGAGAAAGCACGCUGAGCCAAGUUCUAGUCCGUCAAAAGUGUCCAGCAAGUUUACUUUUAAAGUACAGACUCCAAGUCAUGCACGAUAUCCGUCCCAGCUAGAUGGGGAAGCCCGAGGGCUAGCUCAUCCCCCCUCCUACAGCAAUCCCCCCAUUUACCACGGAAACUCACCCAAACACUUCCCUACUGCCAACAGCAGCUUUGCUUCGUCACAGUUUAGCCCUGGGACUCAACUGAAUCCUUCCAGGAGACCUCAUGGUUCUACUCUUUCCAUCAGUGCUUCUCCGGAGAAAUCUUACAGCCGCCCAAGUCCCCUUGUACUGCCAUCUAGUCGAAUAGAAGUCCUCCCUGUUGACGUUGGUGCUGGGGGGUAUUCGGGCAAUUCAGGGUCACCAAAGAAUGGAAAAUUGAUCAUUCCGCCAGUGGAUUAUUUGCCAGAUAACAGAACAUGGUCAGAAGUUACUUAUACAUACAGACCUGAGACGCAGGGACAAUCAUGGACCCGAGAUGCUAGCCGUGACAAUUUACCAAAAUACUCAGCCUUUCAGCACGCACCCUUUCAGGAUCAUGGCCUCCCUGCAGUUUCGGUAGAUAGUCCCGUGCGGUAUAAAACUUCACCUGCCGCAGAAGAUGCCAGUCCAUCUGGGUAUCCAUAUUCAGGGCCCCCGCCUCCAGCCUACCACUACAGGAAUCGGGACGGGCUUUCCAUGCAGGAGUCAGUGUUGCUGUGAGAUUUGAUGUGUACUUGCUAAAGACGAGAGAGAAACCCCAUGAAACCAACAUUGCUAUGUUCAUAAUUGCCAAAGCAGUAUUUAUACUAUUGUAAACAGCUCGCACAUCUCUCCUGUCUGUGAGUAGUAAGAAUACAGGGAAAUGUCUUCAGCCCCACGUAGAUGCUGCUUAAGAUGAGCAUUUAAAUUGCAUCAUCACUGACCUGUUAGAAUUUAACCCGGAAACAUAGCAAUAGCAUUUAGGGAUGCACGCACAAUGGUAAUUUAUUACUCAGUUCCGUUUAUGUUUUUCUCCAAAACCUGAACAUUUUUACUCUGUUGGCUCAUUCUAUUUUGACUAAUGUUACAAAGUACUGAAAAAACUGUAGAAUAGAUAUUUUUAACGCUA